CUCGGCCCAUAGCAUAGACACACACACGCAAAACAGACAGACAGACAGACAUCCACCUCACCUCCCUCACCACAAAGCCCAUAUAUCCCAUCCCGUCCACCAACUAGAGCCUUCCUACCACACUCUCUGUCUACCUACCUCUCUGUCUACGGCUCGCAUCACCCCCGCCCCUCACCCCCGCCCCUCCCCCUCCACUGUCUGCUGCUGGUGCUCCUCCGUCAUGGCGAAGCUGCUCACCCCGGCCCCGGCCUCCUGCUGCUCGUUCCCCUCGGCCACGGUGGCGUGCUGCAUGGGCUCCGCCAGGAAAAGGUCCAGUGCGGGACACUUGAACGUCUCGUAUGACUGCAGGAUGGCCGUCAGGUACGCCUCCAGACGACAACCCCGCUCCUCCUUCUCUCGGUCCUCUGUGCACAUGGGAUGGGCAAAGAGGGUGUGUGUGUGUGUGUGGGAGAGGGAAGGAGUGGUUGGCUUGGCUUACGUGCUGCUCGUGUGGCGAGAAGGGUGAAGCCUCUCUGUGGGAAGAGAACUUCUUGGCCAGCUCACAGUGCAACUCCUGACAUACACACCACACACACCAUAGACACAAUGGAUAGAGGCGGACACACAGACAGACAAACAGACGGGCGAACCGACCGACCUCGAAUCGUCUGUAGGGUCGCUCGAUGGCCCAUGUCUUGACGCCGGUGGGCUUGCACCGGUACAGCUGCAGGGCGUAGGCAGUGUCCUUCUCCUGAUGCACCGUCACCGUCUGCCACAUCCGGCAACGCACCUACACACCAUCCAUCACACACAGCCAACAUGACCACUGUCGGCGUGUGCCCAUGCAUCCCAUCCCUUUAUAUAUCACAUAAGGCCUUACAUGCCACUCCUGCACUGGCUCCGUAGAGCUGCCAGGUGGCCGUGAGAGCAGCGGGGGCGAUGGCGCGCUCUUGGGCUCAGCUGUGAGGAACGAAGGACGCGCGGUGGUCGUGCGCUCUAGUAUAUCACACAGACAUCACACGGACACGCACACGACCUCGCUGAUGCUCGCCCAGACAGCCACACACACACAGAGAGGUGCACUCACCUGAGGACACAUCGGCAGUGCCCGGCUGCUGCACCCGACGGGACAUUUCAGCGGCGCCCUCCGACUCCAUCGCCAUACUGACACCAAACCCCGUACACACACACACAGACACCAGCCCCCAUUGUGUGCCUAUGUGUCUUGUGUGCGUUGCCUCCUUCCCUCCAUCCCACAGGCCCACCAACCCACCCACCUUGGCAGAGAGAUCGAUUCGCUGCCCGACGAGGCCUUCCGCGCCCAUGCGUGUGUGUCGCCGCUCGGUGAGGAGGCCGUUGGCCGUGGGACCUCAUUCAUGGGGAUCUGCAGGAACUCCCACAAGUCGGGACACGACGCACACGCGGGGUCCUGCACCACCUGCAGACAUGCACCAACACACAUACAUACACAGACAGACAGAAGGGCGUCCGUCCAUGUGUGUCGAGAGGGAGGGGGCGAGGGGGAGCGGAGGGGGUGUCUGACCUGGUUGAGCCAGUCGGUAAGGUCAGCUUUUCGUUUCUCGUAGAACCAGUGGUCGCGCUUCAUGGUGUAGAACUUGCCGGGCAGCUUGGGCGGCGACACCUCCAAAAUGCGAUGCAGCUUCUUGAACAAGAUGUCGAACUCACUGCACACCCCACACCCACACACACAAAGAAAGAGAGAGAGACCAUCUCACGACACCGCCCCCUCGUGUGUUUCCUCUACUCUUAGCUACGCAUACACCCAUUCGCACCUCACCGGUAUCUCUUGACGACGGUGGAUGUCCGGUGCAUGGUGCUGGUGACCACCUCGUAGAUGACAUACGGCACCACGCCAGGUGUCCCCUCCUGCACCAGCUCGUAGCGGUCGAUGCUCACACGCACAGGAAUCGACCCGCCAGGCCCCUCCACACUGUAACCCACACCCACUCCCACACCCACACCCACGCCGCCCUUCUCUCCCUCGUGUGCGUGGGAGUACGCAGACGACGACAGCUGCGCAGAGGACGUCAACACGAUUUGUUGGUCGGGCUGCAUCAGCAUCUGCUCCUCGGCCGCUGCUGCAGCCGCCGAGGCUGCCGCUGCUGCUGUUGCUGUGUGGCGGGGCCUGCCCUCCCUCUCUCUCUCGAGCGGCGAUGGGAUGUCGUCCUGGGCCACGUCGAUUGACGCAGCCUCUGAGUAGGUCUCGUCAGAGGGCUUCCGCAGCCGAAGGGGGUUGUCGGGCUCAAACCUGCAGCACGUACGUGCGUGUGUGUGUGUGUGUGUGUUGGUAUGGUGCUGGCUGAGUGGCUUGCUGACCGUUUGAUGGCCUCCUUGUGCGCUUCGGUGAAUGGCCGCUGCUCGAUGACACUGAGCCCCAGGAAGUUGAGCAGCCCCAGCACUUGAGCAGGCCUCCUGCUGCACUAUCACCUGAAAAAACACAUUAAGAAACACCGAACCCAUUCACAGACAAUGGUGCACAUGUAGCUGGUUUCUCUCCCGCACCCGAAUGUACGCCUCGAGCCCUCGUCGCCGCUGGUCGAGAAAUGCCGGGCUCAGUGUUUCCUGCACAGACAGGGACGCACACGCACAUAUGAUCAGAUCAGAUCAAACCCAACGGAAUGCGGAAGGCGUGUGGGUACGUGUACCUACCUGUCUGAAAGAUUCCUUUGGCGGCAGGUAGCGGUCGCGGUUGAACUGGGACUGGAACACGCUGUUCAACGCCGCAAAGUCAGCGUACCUACACAACAUACACACAAACGGACAAAGACAGACGCAACAAUCAGCUCUGCUCCAUCUCCAUAUAUCCAUGUGUGUGUUGUUUGUGUGUGCUUGGCUGACCGUUUGAAGGACACUCUCGGCCGCUGCUCGCCCUCCAGACGAAGCAGCAUCUUGUAUCUGCACCAUCCACCAACCAAACACACAGACGCCACUGCCCCGUUUCAUCCCCCUCCCACCAUUCACUCACUCGGCAUGUAUUCGAUGCUGCACCGGGUCCGUCUGCAGCACCACAUUCGACAGCGCCACAUGCAGCUUCAGCGGCAACCUCUCGCCGCCACUGCCACCACCACCACCACCACCAGAAACACCCUCAGCAUCCCCCUUAGCAAAGACAUCCACAGCUUGCGGCGGCAACGAUGUCUGGUCAGCACCGCCGUAUCGCACUGCCCCUGGCUGGUCGACGGUGACUCGGUCAAGCAGGUCGGGCACUCUUGGCAGCAGGACGGUGGGUUCGCCGCGGUUGAGUCGUGUGAUGAGGGGCAGCAGGGCCAACGGGAUGUCGGCAGGCUGAUAGAAGGACAGACACGCCAGCACUAUCUGCAGAGAGGCAGGCGGACAGACAGACAGACAGACAGACAGAUUACGUCGGUUCUGUACCCAGCCGCCCACGUACCUCACAGAUGGAUGUGAGGAGGAGGAUGCAGGCCGUCCACAGAAAGAGGGACGACCUGACGGGCAGCUCCAGGAAGGGGUCGGAUGCCCGCGGGAUGGCCCAGCCGGGCGGCAUGAGGCCGACGGUGAAGGCCAGGACGAAGAUGCCCGCCCGCCAGAUGCCCUCCACCCCGCCCACCAGCCAGAAUCCGCGCAGCCCCAGCCACGACUGCGGCAGGAACCGCUGAUACUCCAUUGUGCAGAGCACCAAGGAAAAACCCUGACACACCACAGCAAGGGAGGCACACAGACAGAGAUAGAGACAAGUGGACAGAACAGACACACGCAUCGCUUGCAUUCGUGUCUGUCUGUCUGUCUGUCUGCCCCACCCACCCAUAGGACGAGGAUGUACGGGGGGGAGGCCGGCUUGAACCACGACAGCAGGGCCAACACCUAUACACACAAAACACACAAAGGCAGGGCAGCACAUAUACCGUAUGUAUGUCAAGGGGUUUGCACGUCACGUGCCGGCCGGCCGGCCGGCCACAUCGCACCGCACAUACCGCAGAGAGACCGCACAUGAGCCCGCGGAAGGUCUUCUUGGCCACGUGGACCGGCGACCUGCCGUUGCAGCCAUCCACCAACUUGAUCCACGCGCGCACAGGCAGCUCAGGCAGCUGGCUGACCGACUGCCUCGGGUACCUACCUGUCUGGCGGGCUGGAGAUGGCUGAUGUGUGCAGCUCGAACCACCGAACCACAAACAGUAUCAGACUCAACAAAUACCACAACGCGAUGCAGCUGCACCGACACCGACACCGACACCGACACACAGCGGACGGAGAUACACUCACUCAGUCCUUGCCCGCCUGACUGACUGCCUCUCCCUAUAGCACUGCAGGCCUUGCCUGCCAUCAGUCAGUCAGUCAUGCGGCUGACCUUUCGAUAAAGCAGUCGGUUACAUAUCCAUGGGAGAUCUGACCAGAAAAGACACAAACACGCCAUCGUUGUGCUUUUGGUGGAGCGUGAUGGUCCUGCAGCCAUGCCAUCUUACCAGCCCAUUCGGGCCGCACCAGCCCUCAACAGGUCUGUUCAUUGUGAGUCCUCCAGUGAUCAGCAAUGACGGAGCCGGGCUCUAGGCGCCCGUAACGCGACCCGUUCUCCUUCCUCCUUCUCCCUCGGAGUCCCUCUGCGAGCUCAGCUUGCGGUCAGCGCGUGAGACGGAAGGGAUCCCCAUCGCGCCCUGCAAGUCCCGCAGAUCAUCACAACGAUCAGAUCUUUGAGUCAGGCUCUGCGGUGCACGAUAUGGACUCAUCGACAAGCGCCGCAGCUGCCAGCUCAUCAUCCGAUUCGUCGCCGCCAUCCGUCGGAUUCGGCAUCUAUCGGCGUUCCAAGAAGAUCCUCGACCGUCCCGUGGCCUUCCUGGGCAUUCGGCUGUCAAACAGUGUGUUCCUGUGGGUGGGCGACACUGUGCCGAAUCAUGUCCUCGAGAGCAUGCACGUCGCAUUCCCCUCACCCCUGCACCUCCAUGUGGGCGGCAAGCGGCUCGAGGCAAAAAGCACAGCUGUCGUCAGGGAUGGUGUAAUGCUUGGGCAGCGUGUAGGGCUCCAUAGUCACGUGAAGCAUCAACUGCAUUGCAACAAGCAGCCAACAGACAUGGCAGUGGAUGGUGCGAUAGACGCAUUCGCAGCCCUCACCUGACUGACGCCGGGCGUGCUGUGGCGGCCGGCGAACAAAAGCACAAUCUGACAUGCACACACAGGGCACACAGACGUGCACAUCUGCAAGGAUGACAGGCGUCAUGCAAGUGUGUCCGCUCUCACCCGCUCGAUGCCAAAUACGAUGGCCGAAGCCGGCUGCCACCACGAGCAGCUCAGCAGCACUCAGAAACGGACCGGAC